GAAAAAAAAUAGCUCUCGACGAAAAGCGAUUUGUGGCAAUUUCGAUCCGUCCCGAGACCAAGGUUUACGAAGAAUGGGACAAGAUUAUUCAUACAGCCAGCCUUCUUCAUCAGAUGAGUACGACAUAACCUCACUUAUUCAAGCUGAAGCUGAACUGUACGGGGAUGAAGCUGAGAGUAACUACCAUAUUGCUGAGCCGCUUCAGUACCAACCUCAACCCAAGUGUGACGAAGGAAUCCUGAGGAUAUGCUACUGUGAUGGUGACCCUGUUGUUGCAAUAUCUUCCACGGCUAAAGAUCCAGGGAGAAGGUACUUCACCUGCCCAAAUGUCGGUGAUGGGGACUGCCACAUUUGGAAAUGGUGGGACGUGCCUAUUACGGAGGAGAUGCGUGAGUUUCAGACACAACUUAGGCAGCUUAAGGAUCAAGGUUUUGAGUGUGAGCAGAAGCUGGUAAAGCUACAAAAGACUGUUUGUGAGUUAUCUAAGAAGAAAUUGGGGCUUAUUACAAAUGCCUUUGCAAUGGAAGUUUGUCUAGUGGUCUCUGCAGUAGUGUUUUUAGGUUUGGCGGUCAUGUAUAUGUCUGGAAGAGCUUCAAAGAAGUAAAAGCGAGUGUCUAAAACCUCGAGAGUGUCCGUAUAAUAAGGU